GCAAGUGAGCUUCUGGGGCGACGAGGACGCGUACGCCAGCCCGCGCAGCCCCGACGUGGAGGAGGACCGGCUGUCGCUGGCGUCGCAGCUGCGCAAGACCAAGUCCAUGGACGCGUCGUGCCUGGACGUGCGCUGCAUCAACGAGGCCGCCAGCCCGCUCAAGCCGCUCUCGCGCGCAAAGUCCGACUUCAACCUGGCCGCCUCCACGCACUCGCUCGCUCAAGAGCCGGAGACCCCGACUCGCCCCAAGUCGAUGGCAGCGCCAUCUGAGCCCCUGAUCGCACGCGCACUCUACGCAUACCUGUCCAGCGGCGACAACCAGCUCAGCUUCCUCGAGGGCGACGUCAUCACUCUUAUAGGGGAGCGCAACAAGGGCUGGCAGUUCGGGGAGAACCUGCGCACACAGGCAAGCGGCUGGUUCCCCCUCGCCUACACCGAGAUGCUGCUCGACGACCAGCCCUCUGGCUCGCCGCACCGCGUGCAAAGCGGUGACUGGGCCACGUCGGCCGCCACGACGCCGGCCACGCCCACCAACGGGCUGUCUGCGGGCUUCGCGCCGUCGCCGGUCUCCUCCUCGUCCUCGUCCGGCGGGGGCGGCACCGGCGCCAUGGCCGCUGCCGUCGCCGCCGCCGCCUCGGCCUCCGCCGCCGCCGCCGAGCGAGCCGCUCCGGCGCCGCCGCGCACCGCAGGCGCAGCCGUGCCCUCCUGGCCGGCCAAGGCCCCGACGGCCCGCGCCCCGGCUCGUCACCAUGUUCGGAGACACGCUGCUGCACCGCGGCGCCUCGCG